AUGGCGUCCACAUCUGCUCAACCUAGCAAGGCGGGCAAGAAGCUCUCUCGAGAGCAGCAACGAAGGAAGGCCGACAGCAAAGCUUCCAAGGUCCGCCGCGUCCACCUCGAUGCUAGCGGCAGCCAGGCCAGCGCAAAGCAGAAGACGCUGAAGCAGAUCAACAAGAAAGCGGAAAAGAUCUCGAGCCGUUUCAGAUAUGCUUCCUUCAACCAACGACUUCAGGAUGUUCACCUCGCACCGGCUGCCAUCAGUGCCAGCACAAGCUACCGACCAUACUCCGGACUCGAUGCUCCAUUAGCAGCUGCUGCGCCCUCUACAAGCAGCACUUCAACAGCGCGUUUGGACGACGAUGACACGCUGGUCGCCAACGACGAUGAGGAAGCGUCCUCUUCACUCCACGCAAGGACCUCAUUCUCACAAGCACUGCAGGCGUGGACCGAUCUCAACCUCUCCAAUGCAUUCCACGACCUUUACCGCCAACUCAACCCCAUCACACAGUCGCUGCCGCAGCUCAUACAUCACCGUGCCACUAUCUCGUCCGUCCUUAAUACGACACUGUCUACACGCAGUCAAUGGCUUGCCUGGGAUGCGGCGCUCGACCUCCUGCCCCGACUCGCCAAGGAUCUGGGAUCCGAGUUCCUCCCCAUCUACCCUCCAAUGCUCACGAGCGCGAUACACAUCACCACCACGACAAAAGAUACCACCAACGGAGAUGAACGUGCAGCUGCGAACUUGGUCGAACGUGGGUUCCAGUCGGCCGCGUGGAUUCUGAAGGCAGUCAGCCCUUUCGUUGUCAGCAAAGAGUUGGCGACACGAUCUGACCAAGACGAUGAUGCUGAUGAGAAUGCUCUCGAUGUCGAGAUGGACGACGAAGAGGCGGGAGUGGAAGACGUGGACGAUAGAACUCGUCGGCUCGUCGAGACGUGGACCGUCAUCCGCACGUACCUUGGGUGGAAGCCGAUCGUCGCUCAACAGCCGAUUGCGUCAGUGCAGGAUGAGAAUGAGGAGGAGGAUGAAGACGAUGACGCCGAUGGUGCUGCCUCGGCCAUCUCAGAUCAGGAAGACGCAGAGAUUACCGCUAAACGCAGCGUUGGUUUCGUCAAUUCCAACGUUCAGCGCAUCUCUCCCUUCACCAGGCGUUUCGCGUCCGAAGCUUUCGCUCACCUUCUACGCAAGACAAGAGGUCGCCAGUUGCAGAGCAUCACAUCGCUCAUCCUCUCCGAUCUGGAGACCAUGCUCAACGAUGAGGAUCAACACGUCCGCUACCGACACCAACCCUCCCGUCGGCCCUCGGUCCGCUUCUCCCGCGGUAUCGCCGGCAUCUGGGUCGAAGGCUGCAAGUCGCUCGAUCGCCGCCUGCAUUCAAAGUGCAUCUCGCUCUUGAGCGUCCUUCUUCGUCCCGGCCGAUCGACGCCGAACGCAUCGGUCGACAAGUAUCGGCAUCUGGCGCGGCUCAUCCUCGGCCGCCUUACCAUCACUGCGCUCGUCCACCACUGCAAUGCGGUUCAGUUUGCUCCCGUCCUCGAGUACCUGUCCAGCCUCGUCGACGACAACCAGUCGCGCCUUUCGCUGGAGACCAACAACCCUCGGGGCGUAGCGCACCUCACAGAGUCUGUAGAAUGGCUAGCAUGUGCUGUAGGCGUCAGGAAAGGUACUCGUGUUGCCGACCAAGUCAAGCCGGCGCUGUUUGCACUGCUUUUGCGUCUCUCGCCUCUUUUCCUCGACGCCAGCGUGCAAACUUCGACCGGAGCUGCACUGCGCAUCUCGCUCGUCUCGUUGCUGGCCUUGUCCAUCCCCAUCGGUCGGCUCCAGGACCUCCUUGGUCCGGGAAUCAAGCUCGUCGAUUCAGUCGCGCCUGUACCUUCGGUGUCCAAGUCGAAGGACACCAUUGAACAGCGACAGACCCUCUGGCCCGAGUUCAGCGGUCUGGUCGAGGCGCUGGCACAGCCCACCCUCGAAUGGAGCGGUUUCAAGCAGUUCGUUCUCCCGACCGUGCUCACUUCGACCGCAGAGACUGUUGCUUCCAACUCCACCUCUGCGCAGAGCAAGGACCACGCCUUCACGCUCCUCGAACGGCUCGAGAAGCUCGGCCAGCUCGACGAGCUGCGUGUCUCGCACCCGAGCCCCGUGCUCGUUCGUUGGUCCAAGCACGUGGCUACAGAGAUCGAAGAGCGUCUGGCAAAACUCGUCACGCUGUUCUGUCCCAGCAAAGCAAAAUCGAACGGAUCGAAGGCCAAACAUCGCGCGGAUGGACUUUCCCAGCAGCAUCUUCUUGAACCUCUCGUACCUGCGUUGCGCCUUUCGACAGUCCCCAAGACAGCUUCUUCGGUCAACUUCUUCAGCAAGAUCUGCCAGCUCCUGCUGGAUGGCCUUCUCUCUGAUGCCUACUUUUCGUCGCAAGAGCAGGUCCGCUCCAGCUACGACCAGAGCAUCGUCAACCCGGCCUUGCUGACCGGACUCGCUCUGGAGAGCCUAGCUAUCCUGCAAGAUCGCAGCUCCGGCAAGGAUUUCAAAGCCACGGCCAAGCGACUCAAGGAGCACCUUUCCGUUGAGCAGGUGGUGCGAUGUGCUGCCUGGCACCGCGGCGUGCUGCGCGGCCUGAGCAAGUACCUCGCCUCUUGCCCUGUCAGUCUCCGACCCCAGCUUCCGCAGUUGACGGAGCUGCUCGAGCCUCUGUCGGAAGCGAUCAUGUCUUCGGACCCUGUCAUUCGAGUCUCCGCGCUCGAGAUCCUGUCUCUCGUCGAAGCGGAAGAGCUCGGCGAGAGCGGCACUUUCAUCGACAAGCUCGUCGAGGUGGAGCGUACGCCUCUGACAGUCGAAUCGAUCCGCGACCGCAACGUGCGCAUGCGAAGCGUCGGUCGGGAUCUCGGCCGUGCGAUUGCCGUCUACAAGACAGCUGACGUUCAGCGACUCGCUACUCGAGAUGCUUUGAUCCUUCGCUACCUCGUCGCCAACCUCAAGGUCAACCUGCGCCCGGUCUGGUCCGAAGCAAUCAAGGCUAUCUCCGACAUUGUCGGAGCUGGUCAGCGCGACAUCGAGAAUAAGCUCUUCAGCAUUGCUGUCACCGAGCUGGAAUCGGGACGACAGCUCGAUACUAACGAGCUGCGAUCCGUUCCCCAGGUAUGGACAGAUGCGAGCGCUGGCACAGCGGGGGCGGAUGACGAAAAUCUCGAGGAGACUGCAGAUGCAGACGAGGUGGAGCCUGAUCGUAUUCUGCGCGACGAAAGCGACAUUGCCGGUGUCGAUGACGACAAGCAGUUCCAGGACGGUAUCUUGCUCGAGAGACGCAAAGCUGUGCGAAGGUGCAUUCAGCAUGCUCGCACCAGCUCGUCUACUGGCACGACAGGUAGCAGCAAAGCCGGCCUUACUACCACGCUUCAGUCCUGCAUCGAGGUCCAGCAACCGGAUGCCAGACUCGACCUCGUCAACUACCGCCACCAGAUCCUCAAGCUGCUGUGCGAAGUGGCACCCAUCGUCGAGCGCAACAAUGCGCGCUUUGUACACAUCUUCUUCAGAGACGCAGGACCGCGCAACUUGGCGGGCGUGCUGCUUUCUCCUCUCGACGACGAUGACGAAGACGAGGAGGACGAAGAUGCAGCAGAUCAAGGCAAGGAGGUCGCGGCUGUUGAUCCUACCGCCAUGAAGCUGGGCAAGAAGGAUCGCCAAGCGCAGCUCAAUGCGUACCUCGAGGUACUCGGCAAGCUCAAGAACCCGAAAGCGCUGUCGCGCUCCGGCGAGCUGCACAACUACCUGCUCAGCCUGUGCGCUACCGCCGAGGUUUCGGCCCAGAAGCUUGCGCUCGAGGCAAUCUUGACUUGGAAGGACGAGGCGGUGAUGCCGUACGCCACGAAACUCAAGGACCUGCUCGAGGCCGGCAACUUCCGCGACACGCUCACCUCCUUCACCCUGUCUUCGGAUUCCAACGUCGUGCAGCCUUAUCACCGACCCGUGCUGAUGCCUUUGGUCAUUCGUCUCCUCUUUGGUGCUUUGCUGUCGAGGCGUGGCAAUCGCACCAGCGGUGCCGGUCAGAGGGCCCGACGAGGAGCCGUGCUUGGUGCGCUGGCCGACAUCGGAUCCGAAGAGCUUGUCACCCUCGUCGAUCUCAUGCUCGCUCCCUUUGGUGAUCAGGCUCGCCCACCUUCUGGCGAAAACGAUCAAUUCGAAUACGUCUCGAAGGCUCCGGUGGCCUCGACGCGGCGCCAGGUUGGAUACCUUACCCUGCUCGGCGAGGUCGUCAAACAGAUCGGCGCUAACCUGCUUCCCUAUUGGGAUCGUCUCAUCUCGGUAGCUCUCAACCUUACCUACCACGCUCAUCGAGCUGUCGUCCAAGUGCACAUUGAGAGCACCGACGCAGCAGCUUUGGAGAUGUCCACCAAACCACUCACAGCGCGCACCUCUCGAGCGCGUCUCGUUCGUCAGUCUGGUUACAAGCGUCUGUGCGACUUCUUCGGAAAGCCGCAAGCCGCGACCAUCUUCCGAUGGGACCGGUUCCUCCCCGCGAUCUUUGCCGAGCUCGUCUCGCCACGCCUCGAACUGCUCAAGGUGGAGUCGAGCCAGAGCCCGUCUGCAUUGCUCGAACUUUUCCACGUGUGGUCUGGCCAGCCCGAGACCAUUCCGUUGCUUGGAACGUACGACAACCAUCUUUUGCCGAGCGUAUUUGCUAUUCUUGCAGCGCCGACCGUCAAGCCGUCGGCAAUCGGAUCUGUGCUCGAUAUCGCGGAGCGCGUGCUAGCUGCUGCUUCCGUCGAAAAGGAUGCGAUGGACGUUAGCUCGGAUGUCGACUACAGAAAUGGCUGCGACCUGCCGCUCGUCGAUCUGCUCGUAAGACCGCACGCUUCGGUGUUCCUCAACAGCGUCACGCCGCUCAUCGAGCAGGCAUCGUCUGCGGUUGGUCCCGCAGCCGCUGCCAUGGGCCGAGACGACCUGUUGCGACGCCAGAUCUCGCUCCUCGCAGCCCUCUCGCCCUUCGUCACCGCUGCCGAAGACGCCAGCCACCUCGUCAAGCUUCUCAGCCCGAUGAUGCGGAAGUCAAACUUCCUCGUGCCUGAGCGCACCAAGACCGAGCUGCUGGCCAUCUUUGAGCGCCUCCUAUCGCUCAUUCCGGAGUUCCGAGAUCAGCGCUCCGAGCUGUUCCAGAACACCUUUGCGAUGCUCAGCGGACUCUUCUCGCUGCUCCGCACGGCAGAGUCGCGCAAGGCGCUCAGCGCAGCCUUCAAUCGGUGCGCCGAGGUGGACCCGCAGCUGGUUCGUGUAGCCAAGUGGUGCACACAGCUUAACGCGCUUAGCAAGCGAAGGAUGGAGGAGCGUGAUUUCGACCAGCUUUUUACGGCGUUCGACUCGAUCAAUGCGAGCGAGGCCAAGAUCACUGCAAAGGAAUGGCAGCCGCUGGUACACAACUCGUUGUUCCUCAUCUUGGAUCCGGAGGAGCUGUCGGUGCGCAGCAACGCCAACGCCUCGCUGGUCAAGUUCAUCAGCCAGACGGCAGCCGAGUGCGAUUCGGGCGCAGAUGGCGAUGGCGAGUUGAUGCAGAUCUUCCUGCAAGCCGUCUGGCCUGGACUCAAGAAGGCCGUUCGCAACCGUUCCGAGUUGGUGCGAAGAGAUGUGCUGGCCGUCAUGUCGUCGGCUGCGGAACAGCUUUCGAAGUGCGAAGUCAUGGCGGAGCUCUCCGGCCUGCUCGGCGCAGGUGACGCCGAGGUCAAUUUCUUCAACAACAUUCACCACAUCCAGCUCCACCGCAGGACGCGUGCCGUCAAGCGUCUACCAGAGCAGGCGGCCAAAGGUGGCAUGAAGAGCCGCACCAUCAGCGACAUCCUCGCUCCCAUCCUCGGCCACUUCCUCAUGCCAGGAUCCGUCGAAACCACCGACCACAACCUUAUCACCGAGGUCAUCGCGAGUCUCGGAUUGCUGGCUGGUCAGCUCACGUGGGGUCCUUACAAUGCGCUCCUGUGGCAGUACCUGCGCCUGGCAAACAAGAAAGGAUCGACGGAACGCAUCAUGGUUCGAACGGCCAUGGCGAUCCUCGACAACUUCCACUUUGGUAUGGAAGAGGAGACGGUCAUCGAAGACGACGAGGACGAGGCGGCCGAAGAGGACGUGGAGCAGGACGAGGAAGCUCGGGCUGCUCUGGAGACGAGCAAGGGUGAUAAAGAAGCUGAACGGAUGAAGAUCCUCGACGCCGUUACCACGCGUCUGCUGCCCCGCCUCAUGGCGUACCUCGAGCAGAAAGACGAGACGGAAGCCUCGACUCGACUGCCCAUCGCUGUCGGUGUGGUCCGCGUUGCCCAGUGUCUGCCCGCGACGCAGCGAAAGACGCAGAUCUCCAAGCUCCUCAAGACGCUUUCCAACGUCUUCCGUGCCAAGGCACAGGACACGCGCGACCUUGCGCGCGAAACGGCGUGCAAAGUCAUGUCGUCGUUGGGAGCAGGCUUCCUGCCCGAGUUCCUGCGGGAGAUGCGCCGCGCGCUGAUGCGAGGUCCGCAGAAAGCGGUGCUUGCAUUCACUGUGCACUCGGUGCUGACACACUUGAUGACCAGCAAGGACGAGCCGCUCACCUCGCUCGACCAGGGCGCAAAGGAAAUCAUCGAGAUCGCCGUCGAGGACAUCUUUGGCGCCACAGCCGACGACCGUGAGUCCAUCGGAAGCAAGACGACCUACCGCGAAGUCAAGCACAGCAAGAGCAUGGACACGUUCGAGCAGGUUUCUCGCAUCGUCGCGCCCAAUCGUAUGGCCGAGGUGCUUCAGCCGCUGCGAGACAUUCUGCAGCAGACCGAGAUCCCCAAGGUGGUACGUCAGGUGGAAGAGUGCCUGCGUCGCAUUUCGAGCGGCAUCCCUGCCAAUCCGCAGUUUGAUUCGGGUCGAUUCCUGUCGCUCUGCGCCACGCUCAUCCGUCGCGAUGCUGUGUUCCUGCAGGCGCGCAAGGCCGAGACCAAAGCUGCGUCGCGCCACAAGUCGGCCACGCUGUACAAUUACGCCGUCUUCCUGAAGCGCAAGGACGUAGAAGAGGGAGCCACGGCAGGCAAAGACCACUACUCGCGCAACGCGCACAAGUUUGUCGCGUUCGGUCUCGAGAUGCUCGUCACCUCGCUGCGUCGAGAGAGGUUCGAUUUCCAGGACGAAGAGGUGCUGGCCAAGCUCAACAGCAUGGUCAACAUUGUCGGUGAGGCAGCGUACGCCAACGAGUCGUCGGUGCUCGAGCUGUCGCUGCGUGCCAUCGCUCAGAUCGUCAAGGUGCCCGUUUCGCGCGUCGACAAGGCACUCCCCGUGUUCAUCAAGCAGAUCUUUGGUAUCAUCCAUCAGUACGGCUCGCCGCAGUCGCAGAUCGUGCAGACGGCCUUCCGCACUCUCACUGCCAUCCUGCGAGAGUGCAAGCAAGCAUCGCUGUCAGAGACGCACUUGAGCGGUCUUCUCAAGCUCAUCGCUCCCGACCUCGAAGAGCCCGCGGUGCAAAGCACGCUGUUCAGCCUAUUGCGCGCCAUCGUCAGCCGACGGCUGGUGGUGUCCGAAGUGUACGACACGAUGGACAAGGUGGCCGAGAUGAUGGUGACCAACCAAUCCGAAUCGGUUCGUGACCUUUGCCGUUCGACCUACCUCCAAUUCCUGCUCGACUACCCGCAGGGCAAGCAGCGUCUACGCAACCAGAUCGGAUUCCUCGCCAAGAACCUCGCCUACGAGCACGAGUCGGGCCGUCUCUCCGUGCUCGAGAUCACCGACGCUAUCCUCAACAAGUUCGGCGACGAGCUGCUGCAGGAGUACGCCGAGAUGCUCUUUGUCGCUCUAGCGAUGGUGUUGGCGAACGACAGCAGCUCCAAGUGUCGCGAAAAGUCGGCGGUGCUGAUCCGUACGCUGCUGCGAGCGAUGACGGAGGCGCAGCAGGACAAGACGGCUUUGAUGGUGGAUGCGUGGUCUAGGCAGGAGGCGAAACCCGAACUCGCCAGAGUCGGAGUGCAGAUCUACGGGUUGUUGAUGGAAGCCUUGCCGGAGAGAAGCGUGGGUUGGGCAGAUCGAGCAUUGGAUGUAGUGACGACAGUGCUCGUCGAGUGCGCAGACGACCUCGAGUCGCUCGAGAACACCGAGUCGGCCUUCGAGGACGAACUCGACUGGCAACUCCCCUACCACUCGCUGCAGACCCUUGGUCGAAUCACCACGAUCAUCGGCAACAACGACGGCGGCAAAGCGAACACUGCCAACGACGCGGUUCGUCGAUUGCUGUUGUUCCCGCACAAGUGGGUCCGAAUCUCGUCCUCGCGCAUCUUGGGUGGACUGUACGCAUUGCGAGAGCCACAGGCUCCGAACAUGGUCGCCGUGCAGCAGGAUCCGGUGGCCAGCCUUCCGGCGUUGGUGGAUGCGGCCAAGAAAUCGUGCUUACAGCUGCGAUCGGACAAGCUGGACGACACGCUGGCAUUGCAAGUGGUGAAGAACUUGGUUUGGAUCGGAAGGUGCUUUGCACUGUUCCCUGUUGACCGGCCGGAAUUGGACGAGGUGGAGGUGGAAGAGGAGCAGAAGCUGGACGCAUUCGAUGAAGAGCAGCGUUCGGACGAUGACGAGGAACGAGAUGAGAACGACGAUGAUGACGCGGGCUCUGGCUCUGACAGCGAUUCCGACGACUCUGUCGCCGAGAACACGGCCAACGACGCCCCCAGCGUCAUCGCCACCGAUCCGCUCCGCUGGCUCGUCUCUCGCCUCUCGUUCCAGGCGCGCCUCUCACUCGCGCAGUCCAAACCGCCGCACUGGACCAUCUCGCCCUCCUCGAUCCUGCGCUUCUUCGCGGCGCUCUCCAGCUCGCUCCCGCGCUCGCUGCUCCCGCACCUACUCCCGCUGCUCCUCUCGCCCAUCAUCCGCCUCGUCGAAUCCCCCUCCACCACGCAGACCUCGCUGCACGGCGGUGACGCCCUCAAGAGUCUCGCCAUCGAAGUGCAAUCCCACCUGCAGACGCUCGUUGACACGGGUCGAUUCAACAAGGUGUACUCGUCGUUGAAGCGGAAGCAACAGGAGAAGAGGGAAAGGAGGAAGACGGAAAGGCUCAUGCAGGGCAUUCAGAAUCCAGAGUUGAAGAAGAGGAGGAACGAGAGGAGAAACACGAAAAACCACGCGGCGAGGAGGAAGAGGAACCAGGAGAAUUUGGAUAGGAGGGAGGCGGGCGGUAGUGGGAAGACCAAGAGGAUGAGGAGGAGUUGA